GGAAAAAAAAAAAAAAGAACCCCACUCCAUGUUAACACACAGAGUGAGGACGUGACCAUUAGUCCUGCAGCUCAGUAGCAGUGCCUGUCUGGAGCCAUGACUGCCUUCCAACGCACGCUUUUCCUCUUAGCAGUUGUUGUGGCCACCGAGGCUGCGUCCUCACCCCAGCGGACCAAAAGAGGGAUCCUGGAGCUGGCGGGGAUCAUCAAGUGCACCACAGGGAGAUCGUUUUUCUUUUAUGUCUUUUACGGCUGCUACUGCGGACUGGGAGGCCACGGCAAGCCUAAAGACGAGACCGACAGGUGCUGUCAGAAACAUGACUGCUGCUACGCAGAUGCAGAAAAAGAGGGCUGCAAACCCAAAAGGGACAACUACGAGUGGACGUGUGAAGACAACAUGGCGUCUUGCGAUAGCUUAACAGACAAGUGUGAGAAGAUGCUGUGCGAGUGUGACCGAGACGCCGGCAAAUGCCUGAAAGGUGCUCGUUACAAGUGGUACUACGCUCUGUGGCCGAAUUGGGCAUGCAGCUCCACCACGCAAUCCUGUGAUCCAUUGUGAUUG